AAAUAAUAUAGUAAGUGAGUAGAGAAAUAUGGUUUCAAAGAAAGCAAACUUACCUUAAUAAUCUAUACAUCUAUGAAUCUACAAGUCUAUGGGGUUUGUGCUAUUAAGGAACACGACACAAGAGAGACUUGUUUGAAAAUGUGAAGGAAACAGAAUUGACACCCUCCCGGAAUUACUGGGCGUCGUCACCGGCAGCCACCACUUUCUUUCUCUCUCUCUCUCUCUCUCUCUCUCUCUCUCUUCACAGUGUCAGCACCUCUCUGCCUGCCAACUCACCUCUACCUUCCUGCAACUGUAACUUUUGCAGUAAAAUUACCAGAGGAUUAAAGACCAACAACUUAACAUUUUCCUUCAAUCAAAAGAUGUGAUUUUUUAUAUUCAUGUCUCAAUUACUUCCUAAUCAAUUAGUACUACUUUACUAGCUUUACUUUUUACACCCAUAAAAAGUAACAACACUCAUGUGUCUUUUCCCACUUUCUUAAUUUGUGAAUUCCCUUUCUGGGUUUGUCUUAAAACUGUAUUUAGUUUCUGGGUUUUAAAUAAAACUGGAUUUUGUUUCCGGGUUCUAGAGAUAGGAAGAUUUUUUUUUUUAUCUAGUUUUUAACAUUGAAUGGUUUGAAAGACUUGAACUUUAUGUCUGAUUUUUGAAGAAAACAAGAUUUUGUAUCUGGGUUUGAAAGAAAACAAGAUUUUUUUUUUAUCUGGGUUUGAAAGAAAACUGAAUUUUGUAUCUGGGUUUGGAAGAAAACAAGACUUUGUAUCUGGGUUUGAAAGAAAACAAGAUUUUAUAUCUGGGUUUAUAAAAUGAUGUGUGGUUUAAUUGAUUUGAACACGGUCAACGAAGAUACAGAUGAAGUUUCAAUGUCUUCUUCAUCUUCAAACAUUUCCGGUUCUGGGUCGCCGGAAUUGUCGCCGGCUGUGGGUUCUGGGUCUACUCCGGUAGUGUGUUGUUUGGAGUUAUGGCAUGCUUGUGCAGGACCUUUAAUAUCUUUACCAAAGAAAGGAAACGCCGUCGUUUACUUCCCUCAGGGCCACCUUGAGCAACUACAAUCCGCCAGUGACUGUGCCAACUCCGGCGACUUUGGUCUUCCACCUCAUGUGUUUUGCAGAGUUCUUGAUGUCAAGCUUCAUGCUGAGGGUGGGACUGAUGAUGUUUAUGCUCAAGUUUCAUUGAUUCAAGAUCCUCAGCUGGAGCAAAAAUGGCGUGAAGGUGGGCGUGGAGCAGACGAAGAGGAAAAUGAAGUGGCUGAAAAGUCAAUGACGCCACAUAUGUUUUGCAAGACCCUCACUGCCUCUGAUACAAGCACUCAUGGAGGAUUCUCAGUCCCACGUAGGGCUGCCGAGGACUGCUUUCCGCCCCUGGAUUAUAAACAGCCGAGGCCUUCACAGGAACUUGUAGCUAAAGAUCUUCAUGGGACUGAAUGGAAAUUCCGUCAUAUCUACAGAGGGCAGCCGAGAAGGCAUUUGCUUACAACCGGUUGGAGCGCAUUUGUCAACAAGAAAAAGCUUGUAUGUGGAGAUGCGGUUCUAUUUUUAAGAGGUGAUGAUGGAGUACUGAGGUUGGGCAUCCGAAGAGCCUCACAAGUGAAAGUUUCUUCCAGUUUACCAGCAUUUUGUAGUCGACAAUUAAAUGACUUUGACUUUGGCACUGUGGUCAAUUCUAUAUCUCAAAGAAGCUCGUUCACUGUUUGUUACAAUCCGAGGGGUGGCUUAUCGGAGUUCAUAGUGCCGUAUACACAAUUUCUGAAUUGUCUUGCUAAUCCGUUCCCUCCCGGAAUGAGGUUUAAGAUGCGGGCUGAAACAGAUGAUGCAGGAGACCGGAGGUCUACAGGUAUCAUUAUCGGGCUUAAUGAUAUUGAUCCUUCUAGGUGGCUUGGAUCGAAAUGGAGGUGCCUAACGGUAAGGUGGGACUGUAUGGAAGUUACAAGGCCAAAUAGAGUUUCUCCAUGGGAGAUCGAGCGAUGUAGUUCGGUUUCAGAUAUUGGAAGCUUUGUGUCACCCAUAUCAAAGAGGACACGGACUGGUUUUCCCGUUCUUAAUGAUCGGUCAACUGGAGCAUCAGACUUCGGGGAAUCAGUGGGAUUCCACAAGGUCUUGCAAGGUCAAGAAAUAUACGGUUUUUACCGUUCUUCUGAAGCAUCUCCAUUAGGGCAUGGCAUCAGAAACCAAAUGAGUGUAGGCUUUGGUGAAUCUUUAGGAUUCAAUAGGGUCUUGCAAGGUCAAGAAAUGAUUUCAAAUCUACAAUAUGGUGAAAGGGUACCCAGUUCUGGGAAUAUAUGGACUAACAUGUCAUCAUCAUCUUCACCAUCAUCUGUUUUACGGUUCCAGCAAGCAUACAGCCAUCAUGCUCCUAACGCUUAUCCUAUACAUUAUGCUGAUAGUAUGAAGCCGUUAAAUGGUCAAAAGCAUCAAGAUUUCUUUAGUCCAAUGAAAAGUCAGCAAGAAGAACCAGUUUUGACUUCUAAGAAUAGUUGCAGACUCUUUGGCUUCUCAUUGACUGAAGGAAGUAAUGGUACAAAAUCUUCUUGCGGACAAAAUGGCGAGGAUCGAGUCCAUCCAAUAGGUCCCGUUGUGAACACAAAAGUUGGAGGAAGUUGUAUCAAUGAGAGGGUUCAUCAGUGGUAUCGGCCAAGUGAUGGUUUUUUACAAGGAUUGUGAAGAUGAGAUGUCUCUAUUUGAGAUACACAUGGAAACUUAGGGAAUACUGGAGAUGUGUUUAUAGCAGAAGUUGUGAAGUUCGGCAAUGGGGUGGUUGCAUUAUUGACCCUUAUGUAGCUUUAACUCUGAGUAAUAUUAGUACCUGGUAGUAUUGUAUUUGUUUAAAGAAAGCCCACCCUAAACCACUGGGCCGAAUCCUUUAGUGAAUCUACUUAUACAUGUUUUUCUUUAGUGUGAACAAUUUGAAGAUAAAGAUUUGCUUCUGCCUAUUGGUAUCCAAA